AUUUUAACACGCAAUUAUUUUAAGAGAAACCUAUACUAUUGCGGUUAGUUCCCCUCGUUUUGUCCAUAUAAAAGACAUUAACUAUUUUCAAUAUGUAUCACUUGACUUCCGAACUUGUUUGUAUCAUAUUCUAAUACAACACCAAAAUGUACUUUAAGGUUCUUUGUCUAUCUUCUCUCAUCGUGGCCAUAUUCGUGCAAUAUGGUCAAUGCCAUGCAGCAUAUUCUUCGCAACACUUCAGCAAACACGACGGUCAUCCAGAAAUCGUGCACGUGAAGGGGCAUCACGGCCACGGUCAUGUGGAUUAUCAUACUCAUCCUAAAUAUGAGUUCGGCUACAAAGUGGUGGACCACCACACGGGCGACAUGAAGCACCAGCACGAGCACCGCGAUGGAGACGUGGUGAAGGGCGUCUACUCGCUGCACCAGCCCGACGGCUCCGAGAGGACCGUGCACUACCACGGGGACCACCACACCGGAUUCCACGCUGAUGUGAAAUUCGGAACUCAUCACAUCAUUCCACCAAAACAUCAUCAUCAUUAUUAAUUGUUUUUAGAUGUAUAAUCAAUUGUUGUUAUUGAAAUAUAUCAUACUUGUCGUUA